AUGCAGGCCACCCACAGCCUGCCAGUCCAGCGUUGCAGCGCUCCAGCAGUAUCUGCCAGGGGAUCCAAGACGGUGGGUGUGCUAGGGCCAGGCCGCCAGGGGCAAGAGGGGACCAAGCACCACCACUGUCCACCCCACCAGCCCUGGUGGAUCGGCGGCGUCCCCCUGCUGGGAAAUUGCGCCACGCUAGCUCAGGCACACGGUGAGCUUGGGAUCCACGGCGAAGGGAGGGAAACAAAGACGAACAGUCACAAGGCUGCUGGCUGGCUGUUUUUAUCUUUUGUCGUUGUCAUUUCGUUUAAUCUUUCGCCAUCCUGCUGGAAAAAACACAACAUCGGCAAACCAGUGUGCUCGCCUGCAUUUACCAUUCCAUCGCGAUUGAUAAACGACUUCUUCACAGCCAUCAGUCCAUCCGUCAGUGCUUCCAAUAUUGCCGGCGCCACACCGUACCACCACCGUCUCACAAUCAUCAACCUUGUCUCUCUCAACAUUUCCAUCUUCUGCCACUCCCUCUCCGUACCCGUGCAGCCUCGACGCGACUCGCUCAGCUCUCAAAGCCUCGACACUGAUGGAAUGCCAAAUGUCGCAAAGCCACUGUCUCGCUUCUGUCUCUCCACCAGAGCCUCGCCGCCUAAAAAAAGCACUCGCACGCCCUUUUCAAUUCUCCCCGCGGCUCAUUACCCUGGCACAAAAACCAAUCGCCAGCUCAUUUCGCCCAUGACCUCCCCGCCGAGUAUCCGUACCAGUAAAGUCGGCAAAAACAUGCCCGCGGAUGCCCUAGGGCACAUGCUUGGCUUCGGGCCCAACUGGUGA